GGGAUGCUAAUUUUCAACAAUACGUCAUUUUAGGAACAAUUCUGCCCCGGCGCCGGUGCUCCAAUGUCGUAGGAAAUUCUAUUGCUUUAGUUUUGCAUCCUGAGAACCAAAUUGCUCUGGGUGUUGCAGCGCGCUCGCCACAGGAGGAGACCAGAGAGGGGCUUCAACGCGGAAGCGUCCACAAGCCGCAAGCCAACGUUCAGCAGUGUUUACCAAAGCCCGUUACGGGCUGCUUUUGCAAAACAGAGACCCUCCACGACGACUAGUAGACAGGAGCGAAGGCUUGCGCGGCAGCCAGUGCGGCAAUGCAGCAAGACCCGGAGCUAAGUGCCCAGCAAGGGGCGGGACAAGCUGUUGUGUCAAAGAGGCGACAACGAGUUUACCAACAUUGGCAGGGCAAUGAGAGGUUCUUCUGCUGGGGAUUCCUGGUCGCCGGGCCGAACUGGAAAGCGAGUCUUGGGACAGCAGCUCUCAUUACAGCACCUGCGGGUAUCUACCUUGCCUUUGUGGCUCCCUAUAUGGGCCUCCACGUGCAUGUCGUCAUCUUAGUGAUCAGUUGCAUUUUGCCUGUGCUGGCCAUAUGGUUCCUCAUGUUAACCGCCUGCCGCGACCCGGGCAUCAUCCCCCGGCAAGAACCUGACCAGGAGUACCUAAGCGGCCAAAAGCCAAGGACUCGCGAGGUGUUUGUCAACAACCAGCGUGUGGUGAUCCGCUACAACGACACCUGCCACUUCUACCAGCCGCCCCGCGCGCACCACUGCUCCGUCAACGACAACUGCAUCGAGCGGUUCGACCACCACUGCCCCUGGGUGGGCACGACCAUUGGACUGCGCAACUACCGCUCCUUCCUGCUGUUCGUGUACACCAGCACGGUGCUGUGUCUGUACGUCUUCGGCGUGUGUGUGGCCAUGCUGUUCGUGAAGCACAACCAGCUGGCGGGGGAGGCGAGGGAGGCGGGCGGGGAGACGGGCGGGCUGUGGGGCAAGACGGCGGGCAAGUGCAUCCCCGCGCUGGCCCUGAUGGGCUACACGUUUGUGUUCUUCUGGUUCGUGGGCGGCCUCUCCGUCUUCCACGCCUACCUGGUGGCGACCAACCAAACCACCUACGAGAACUUCAGGUACAACCAUGACAAUCGGCCCAACCCCUACUCCCGCGGUAUCCUCAGCAACUGCGCGGAGGUAUGGUGCUCACCCAUACCUCCUUCCAAGGUGCAGUUCCGCGCCUUCAUCGACGAAUUCAAACCGCCGACCGGACAGCCGUACUCGCCGUACCUCAACGGCGGAGAAAACGGUUUCGGAGCCGCUUCGGGCGCCUCUCAGGGGCACGGCGGUGUCGGAGGGGCGGCAGCUGGAGGUGACAUGCAGAUGGCGGCCAUGCAGGGCGGUGGCAUCCAGGGGGAGAUGGAUGGGCCCGGUAGUGGGCUCCCUGCGCCUCCUGGAGUGGGGGCCCAGUUUAGAGGAAGUGUGGCGCCGUUGCCGCUAGCCUCGCAGCAGCAGCCGCUUCACCAGGUCAGCGGUUUGACUGCGGGAGUGUUGGCGGCGCAUAAUAACAGCAGCAGCGCCGGGGGUGCGGUGCCGGCAUCGGCUGCAGCGGGGGGCUACGCCUACGGGCCACAACACAGCAUAGGCGGCGUUGGCGGAGGCGGCGUUGGAGGAGGCGGAGGGGGUAUGGCGUUGCCGUACGAUCCUGCAGCCGCAGCGCUGCAGCAUUCCGCAUCCGGGCAUCACCUCCAAGCGCACCACUACCAGCAACAACAGCAGCAGCAGUACAAUCUGCCGUACAACCACCCCGCCAACAACUCGGGCCGGUUCCACCAACAGCAGCAGCACCAGCAAGACAUGUCACGUCGCAGCGGCAGCGGCGGCGGCGCAGCGGGCGGCCCCAUGCACAGCCACCAUAGCUACAGCAGCGAUGCGGGCGCAGGGUGGGGAGUGGGAGGUGGCGCGAGGAACGAGCAGCCCCCGGCUGCGAUGGUAAAGGGACAACAUGGAAGUGCCUUUACAAGCCAAGCAGGGGGCGGCUCUUCCCGUGGGUUGAACAUGGGCGGUGGAGGCGGUGGAUUCGGAGCGUCGUACGGCAAUGGUGGCGGAGGCGGUAGCAUGGGAGGUGCUGUCGUACCCGGAGGGCAGCACCCCCAGCAUCAGCAGUACUACGGUGGAGGCGGCGGGUACCCUCCUCCGCACCCUCACUCUCACCACUCCCAUCACCACCAAGGGCGAGGAGGAGGGGGAGGAGCAGCGGAGGGGGACGGGCAGCAGUCGUACGGGUAUGACGACUCGUACGGCAAUGACGACUACGAGGUGUACGACGACGGGGAAGGAGAGUACGACGAUGACGGGGAUGAGGAUGAGGGGCAGGGGC